AUGGCCCGCACGCAUGACGUUCCAGAGCGGCAGAUCUUAGUAGAUUUCUUCGACGACCCUAACGGGUUUCGAUGGCAUAUGCGAUUGCUCGUCCUGGCCACGCCCAACCCUGGGCAGUGGAUAUGUUCGACGCCAGACCUGAGCAUUCAGUUCAUCGACGUCACCACCCACAGGGUGAUCCCCCUCACGCGGGACUCGGAGUUCCCGCGGCGGGUCAGAGGCGAGGUCUACGCUUUCGAUCCGUUGACCCCCGAGGAGCUCCAGCAGGUCCGCCGAGAGGCCAAGGAGCUGCUGGCCGUCUACGGGCUCACGGGGGGCGCGGACGCGCAGCCCGAGGGUGGGCGCUGGAUGAUCGCCGACCCCGCGCACCCGGGCUUCGGCGACGCGCUCCCCGCCGCGGCCCUUGCCGAUGCCGACAGCCUCAUCAUCCGAGGCGACCGCGGCCUCGCCUGUGUGGACGAGGACUGGCUCGCCGUGGAGAGGGUGCUGGACGAGGACCUGGACAACUGGAGGUUGCUCAAGUCGACGGGCGCGGGCCGCGACAGGCGGAUCCUCGGCGACGAGCGCGUGAACGGGGUGCCCGUGCUCUCUCUCACCGCCGCGGCGAGGGCCAGCAGCAAGGCCCUUCGGCCUGGCUGGCCCUUCCGCGGCGACGCCUGCGCCCAGGAGCUUGUCAUGGCGCUCGUCGCGGCGGGGAUCGUGUUCAUCGCCCGCCACCUGGACUGGAGAACGAAGUCGGGGGUCAGUGCUACGUCGGGGGUGUGCCGGACGCACCGCCGCAUCUGCGAAGGCCUCGACCAGGCCAUCUGCUACGACCAACUCGACUUCGCCAACUGCGCGGUCAUCGAGCACCUCGCCCGCUGGCUCUACGAGGUGGAGUCGGCGGUCAGGAGGAAUCCGAAGGUGCCGGACUUCACGAACCUGGACGGUAUCUUCGCGGCUCCCAUGGCCGAGGACGGGCGGAUGCAGCUGCCGACCUUCUCCAAGUGGGUCUCCUCGCUCCGCCGCGACGAGGCUCAGAUCAUGAAGCAGGAGCGGCUCUGGAGCGAGGGGCGCGGCAUCGACCACGCCAAGCACAAGGGCAAGGGCGGCAAGGGGUCCUCUGGCGACGCCUGCUUCGACAACGCCUGCUGCCCGGGCGCCCCCCUCGUCGCCAUCUCUGUGCUGACGCUCCUCGUGGACGUCCCCUUGGUCGGUGGAGGCCCCGACGUGAGCUACGGCACGGACGAGCUUGGCGGUCCGAUGAUGCGGGGGAUGGCCCUCGACCUGACCCCGCCAAGGUCGCGAGUGCGAUGUGUGCGCGAGGCGAUCUGGUCUCUGAACGCCCUCGACGCCCCAUCGCGCGCCCUUCGGGCGCACCAGCCUUCUUCGAGCCGUCGCCUCACGGAGGCGCAGCGCUCGAUCAUCUCGCGCGUCAGCCGGCGCAUCGAGAGCUACGGAGAACGACCCGACAUCCUGCCCGCCACCGCCUGCGCCGACCUCAUCAAGAGUCACGACUUGUACUCGGGACAGCCGAUGAACCUGAAGCCGUACGACCCCAGCCUUCUCAAGGUGCUCCACCGCGACCGACGCCCCCAGGAGCUCCGCGGCUGCCUGGGCACCGAGGGUCGCAGGUACCUUGACCACGCCGACGAGCUUAUCUUCAGGACUGAGGCCGAGCUUGACGUCCUCCAGGAGAGCGAGCUGAUCCAGCCCAUCACGCCGUAUUGGGACCCGAUCCUGAAGAACAACCGCCGCGCCAGGAUAGACUUCAUCAAGCGCCUCGCCUCCGUGGGCCUCGUCGGGUUCAGGCUCUCCAUCCGUGGCCGCAUCGGCGCCUUCUUCGUGGGCAAGAAGGACGGAUCCCUCCGCCUCGUCCUCGACGGGCGUGAGCCCUCCUCGCUCCGCAGGAGGCCGCCCCAUGCCGCCUUGGGAUCCGCUGGGGCCCUCGCAGGGCUCGACCUCUCUGACCGGGCCCUGCGGUCGCAGGGCGUCGAUCCCCAGGCGGCCGAUAUCCACGCGGCGGGCCUGGACCUGAAGGAUGGGUUCUACCAUUUCGCGAACGACGACCUCGCGGACUGGUUCGGGUUCAACUACCCCGAGGCCGCGUCCGACUUCGGCGACCCGCUGGUGUACAUCCCUGCCGACGGCCGCUUCGUCCAGGUAUCGAGCGACACUCGGAUCUUCGCGGUCUUUCGGGGUCUGCUGAUGGGUUGGUCGCGGUCCCUCUUCUUCUGCCAGGAUCUCUUGGAGGAGGCCCAGUGCAAGGGCCUUCUGAGCUUGGGAUGUGAAGGCGGAGGCCGCUUGGUGCACGAGAGGUGCCCCGCGCCCUUGCUGGCGCCCGGCUGUCCCCUGUCCCAGCCCUACGUGGACAACGCUAACGUCAUCGGCCUCAGCCGCCGGGGCACCGAGCACGCGCUGCGCGGCAUCCAGCACGUCCUGGACUACUUCGGCAUCGACUACCACGACCUGGUGGAGCCCACGAAGUUGUACGCCACGGUGGGGGUCGUGCUCGACACGGCUGCGCGCCGCCUUCGCCGCGCGGGGGCUCGCGCUUGGCGCCUGUACCUUGGCGUGGAGCAUCUGCUUCGUGUGCGUCGUGCAUCUGGCCGUGCCCUUCGAGUCGUGUACGGCCACCUGGUCAACCACUUCAUGAUCAUGCGGCCAGCGCUCGCGGCGCUGGACGAGGGGUACCGCUUCAUCGCGCAGCGCCUGGACGAGCGGGCCCCCCUCGGCCGCCUCCUGCUGGACGAGCUCCGUGUGGUGAAGGGUCUGCUGCUGCUGGCCGACGUGGACCUCGCCGCCCCCCGGUCGCGUGUAGUCUACUGCAGCGACGCGUCGGGCGGUGAGCUGCGUGGCUGGACGGCCUGCGUCGACUACGAGGUCAUGCAGGCUUUGGGGUACCGCGAGCGCUGGAGGUUCAAGAUGGAGGAGGAGGAGCUGGUCAUGCCGGGGGCCCCGAGCGACGAGAUCCGCGGCUGGGCCCCUGAGCCCACGGCCACCUCCGACCUGCUCAUCGCCGGCCUCCUGGCCCCCAGCUCCAAGCCGUCGGUGAUCGACCGACGCCUCCCUCGCACAAGGACCGUCAUCGUGCAGGGCGCCGUGCCAGCUCUGGGCGACGCCCUCCUGGUCCGCAGCCGUUGGAAGAUGAUCGUGCGAGGCGCCUUCAGGUACAAGGCCUCCAUCCACGUGAAGGAGGCUCGGACCCAGCUCCUCGGCCUCGUCCGUGCCUCGCGCGAUCCCCGCAUGCACGGCCUCCGCGUCGGCAGCCUGGGUGGCAACAUGGCGGCGCUCCUCAGCUUCGAGAAGGGGCGCGCCCGUGACAGGGCCCUCCUCCAGCUCUGCCAGGUCAGUGCCACCCGCCAGAUCGGGUGCGAGAUCCAGUGGAAGCAGCGCUACUGCGAGUCAGGCCGCAACCCGACGGGCGCCGACAGUCGUGCUGCUGACCUGGGACAUGUCCUACCUGAUCAUCCCCAGCGUGGCUGCUCGCGGGCCCUGGCCGUCAUCGAGUCGGCCAACGCGGGGCUUGCCGCGGAGCCCGCGGGGCCCCCUGCUCGCGUGCGGCGCCCCGCACCCUGUGGGCCGGCCGCUGGCCUCCUGCCUGGCGGGGCGGCCGCGCGCCUUGCCAGGGUCGGCGCCUUCGCGCGGCGGAGGCCCCCUCGGGCUGGCGCUGUGCACGGGCGCCCAGCGCCCGAGCCCCCUCGCGCUGCCCCACAGGCCACGCCGCACGGACAGCCGUGCCAGCGCGCCCACGGGGGCCGCAGCCGCUGCCGGGCAUUUUGCGAGCUCUACGCGGGCACCGGCAGGCUGACGGCAGCCGUCAGAUACGGCAUACACUGGUCUUUGGAGAACCCGGCUGGGUCCAAGCUCUUCAACUGGGACCCCCUCGCGGACUUCCUGAAGACCUCAGGUGGCAAUUGGGCCCUCCUCCACUACUGCCGGUACGGCUGCACCUAUAAGAAGCCCACGUACCUCGUGUCGAGCCUCCCAGAGAUCACAUCUCUCGAGCGCCUCUGCCCAGGGAACCACAGCCACGAGAUCCUCCAGGGCAAGGAAUCCCUCGCGUCACCCUCUGGGGCCAUCCGCAGCCAUUGGAAGACCAGCCUUGCGGGGGCCUACCGACCUGAGCUCUGCCGCAGAUGGGCUCGCCUCCUCGCGGCCUGUGCUCCCCGCGCUGCACGCUGUGCUCAUGCCGGUGACCCGCUCGGCGACCACUGGGAAACUGAGCUGGCGGCCAACUUCCCAGGCGGAGGCGUCCAGCCCCAGCGGCCGCAACCCUCCUGCCCUUCGGAGUCGCCGCCCGAGUGGCCCGCCUCGGCGCCGCAGUGGGGCGCCGCCUGGCCCUACCUCAAGCACCGGCGUGUCCAGCCCCGCGCCGUCGCCUUGUACCGCGAGGCCCACCGCAAGUUCAGCCGGUGGGCGGCCGAGCAGCACCUCCGCCAGGUGUGCAUGGGCGAGACAGACCUGGCCAUGACGAGGUACCACGACCACAUGUACUUCCAGGGGCUCAGCAUCGUCCACGCCAGGAACGCCGUCCACGGGGCGAUCUUCGUGAAGGACUACCCGCGACGAGCGCCUACCACCAUGUGCCGUGCCAAGGGCGCCCUGGCCGGAUGGUUCAAGGCAGGGCCCGACCGCGUCAGAGAUCCGCUGCCCUGGGAGGCGGCGGUGCUGAUCGCCGACAACCUCGCCGAGAGAGACCGCGAGGGGGUCGCCGCCGCUGGGGCCCUGCUCGUCAGCUUCGACGGGUACAUCAGGCCGAGCAACACCCUGGCCAUCACGAGCCGCGAGGUGAGCCAGCGCCAGGCGGGAUCCAAUCCCAACUACCCCAGCCUCGUGGUCACGAUCGCGCCUCAGGCCGACGACCACGGCCAGCAGCCCGCCCCAUCGACCAAGUCGGGGGACCACGACUGCACCAUCGUCUUCGGCGACCAGGCCAGCCUCAAGGCCAACAGGGGCAUCUGCCGCGACGCCCUGCUCUGGGCCUCGAGGAAGGCCCGCCGCGGCAGGCCCCUGUUCGACAUCGGCCUCGCAAAGUACGAGCAGCUCUUCAACCAAGCCGUGUCCGACGUAAAGCUGAGCUCUCUCAGGGUCACGCCGCGCUGUGCCCGACACGGAGGCCCGAGCACCGACGCAGCUCUCAAGCUGCGCCCUCUUGAGGCCAUCCAGAAGAGAGGCCUCUGGCGCUCGGCCUCCAGCGUGCGGCGCUAUGAGAAGCAUG